AUGUGGAGCAGGGCCAGGACCUACCCUGGCGCGGACGAUCAUACCGACCCCUCAACUCAAGCCAAGAAUAAGCGCGUGGAAAAGCUCCAAGCGGAGGUGGAUGAGGUGGCCAUCAUUCUCCACACCAGCGUGGAUAAGCUCCUGGAGAGGGGUGAGAAACUGGACGACUUACUGGACAACGCUGAUGACUUGUUAGCACAGGCUUCCUCAUUUCAGACAACAGCCAAAAAAGUCAAAGUUCACUACAAGUGGAGAAAUAGAUUGUAUAAAGUCAUCGGCGUCACUGUCGUUGUGCUGAUCGUCGCUGUCAUCGUCGUGUGUAAGUAUCAUCAUAGGGCUUGGGGAGGGGAGGCACCCGGGAGCGCCUCCCCCCCCUGUGGCUACUCCACUGAGGAUCUCGGUGUGUAA